GCAAGAUUGCACCCUCCCAAGAAGUUCAGCUCAAAUAAAGUCAAUUGCAGGGAGAGCCAUCCAUCCAUCCUCCUCUGCUUUUCUUGUGGGGCUCUUUUUGAUGCUUUCUUCUCCGUCCGCACCCAUCUUCCAUCCACGCAAACAAGGAAUCAAAUCAUAAUCUUAAUUUCCUUGCACCAGUUCUCCUCAUUUUUUUUGUUUUGUUUUUCUUUCUUUGACCAAAAUUGCUGUCGAAGUUGACAUAUAUACCCAUGGGGCCGCCACCGCCGCCUCCACCACCUCCUCAAGGGCUCUGUUUCUCUGCCCCCUGGCCAUGGGGAAUCGGGGAGCACAAGCAGAGCUUGCCCAACGCGUGGUGGAUUGACAGGAUGGAGGGCUUGGACGGAGGCGAGGGUGGAGGAGACGGAUUGAGAUUCUCUCUCCGGUUUGGUCCGGGAGAGGCGGGGUUUGAUCGUACUCUGCUCGGCGUCUCCCUCUCCGAGCUGUUUGGCCGCCUUGUUGGAUGGAGUAAGAACGGCCAGAGGAGAGGAUCCACGGUGACCAUGGAGGAAGGUGGGGAGUCCGCCGCUGCCGCUGUGUCCAUCGGCGCCGGCGCCGCCGUAGCUAUUUGCCUUGCGGCGCUGUACACGUCUGAUCAGCGGCCUCGCCGUGCUCGCCGGCGGCGGCUGUCGGCGUCUGCGAUGGCUAGGCCAAAUUCUGCAGCGCCUCGUGCUCUGCCUGCACCUGAUGAUGGGCUCAGAAUCCUUUCAUCGAAGGACGAAUCUUUGGAAAACGUGAUUCACGGCGCGUCGAUCGGCGCCGGAGAUGACGAGCCGGUUAUUGUCGCGAGAGUGGCGAUUUCACAGUCCGACAUGGACGGCGCAACUGUCGACGACGAAACAGAGCGCGGCCAAUCGGAGGAAGAGCGGCAAGAGCUCGAGCGGCUCAGGGAGAUGUGGCUGUCGCUGCUGGAGCGGGAGCAGCAGCUGGAGCUCCGGCUGCAGGAGCUCGAGAGCCUCCGGGAGCAGGAGGCCACCGUGCGGGAGCUCGAGAACCGCGUCGCCGCCGCCGCCAUGGAGGAGCGGCUCCUGGAGCUGAAGGUCUCCUCGCUGCAGGAGGAGAACGUGAGGUUAAGGACGCAGGUCGCCGAGCUGGACGCCGCCCGGGCCGAGCUGGCGCGCGCCAAGGAGAAGCUGCACGCGAUCAAGGCGCGCGUGCAGGGCGAGCAGGAGGAGGAGCGGCGGGAGGCGGCGGCGCUCCGAGCGAAGGUGGAGGAGCUGGAGAAGUGCGGCGAGGAGAGGGCCAGCGCGCUGGCGGUGGAGACGACGGCGCUCCGGAAGGCGAACGCUGUGUUGGAGGAGGAGAAAAUGGAGCUUGCACUGCGGCUGCAGGAUGCAGAGCAGGUCGCCUCCUCUGUUAAUCUUGUUCUUGAGGAGGACAUGGUUGAGGAGGCGAACUACCUGAGGGAGACCAACGAGAGGCUGACGACGCAGAUCGAGCAGCUGCGCAGUGACCACUGCGCGCACGUCGAGGAGCUCGUCUACCUCAAGUGGGUCAACGCCUGCCUCCGCCACGAGCUCCGCGACCACGGUCUCCACCCGCCGUGCUCCGCGCAACAGGACCACGACGCUGAUGACGGCAGCGCCAUCGCCGGAGGCCUGUCGGCCGUGGAACUGAGCAAGAGCAUGAGCUUCCGCUCCAGUGAGAGGGCCAAGCAGCUCAUGCUCCAUUACGGCCAUCCCGGCGGCCUCGAAGGCUUCGACCCCGCCCUCUUCUCCCCGCUGCACGAGUCAGUCGACGGCGACGGCGACGAGCGGACGCGCGCGCGCAACUACGAGCCUGCGCGGAGCUCUAGCACGUCAGUGGCGACGACGUUGGACGCCUCCGCCGCUGUGGCGCCGGGGAAGAAGAAGUCCGGGCCGCGCAAGCUCAAGUUCCUGGGCAACAUCAAGAAGCUGCUCCCGGGCGGCAGGAGAAGCCAAUCAAUCCACGGCAGCCGCGAGAGCAGGAAGGCGCCGAGCGACGAGUACCUCGAGAAGGCCAUGCAGUGGCUGUCGGCCCACGACGCGCUCGACGGCGACCACUCGUACGAGAGCACGCCUCUUUCGUCGUGCGAGCGGACUCCGCUCAGCAGCGCGACCACCGUCACGACUCGCGGCGGCGGCUGCAGCGAGCGCGGGGAGACGCGGGCAGAGGCGGAGCCGGUGACGCUGGCGCGGUCGAAGAGCGACGCCGGCGCGUCGUACGGGCGGGAGGCGAGCAGGUACCACGCGCUACGGCCCGACCACCCGGCCGAGGUCGGGGUCGAGCCGGACGGGUUCCGUGCGCGGGAGAAGCGGGAGCUGAGGAGGCGCUCGGUGGAGCUGAGGAGCCCGGAGGUGGCGCGGCGUACGUGAGCUUGAUUGACCGGGACUGAUAUGCAAUAUGCAAUGCAAGUUUUUAGUUUGUUCACAUUGUGUAUACUCGUAUUCUAAGGGAUCAACCGGGAUUGCAAAGGUUUCAUGAACCGACAACAUGUAAGAAAUGAUCGACAUAUGUGGGUGAUGGUUUUGAUCACACAUUCAUAUACACUGACAUUUUCGGGA